AUGGGGGACAAGAAGUCGGAUAUGUACGACGUCAACUGGCAGAAGGUCUGGCCCGACCGCAUGCCCGUGAUUCUGCGCGAUCUGGCGCCAACGAAUCCGUUCAACCCUCGCAACCUGUGGCCGGAAGAGCAGGAAGAGGAGGCCCAGGCUGUUCAGGACAAGAAGAACGCACCUAAAGAAGACAAGAAAGGCGCAGCUAGCGGGAAACUGAAGAAGGCGGAUAUUAUCCGCAUGCAAUUGGCCAAGGACAAGGCCCAGAAGCAGAGCAAAGUAGACGAGGAGAAGCUGGCGAACGUCAAGAAGUCCAAGAAUCUGCUGGACAUGAAGAUGGUGACCCCCACUGGUCGUCUUAAGCAGCUCUACGAGAUCUUACGUGACUGCUGCAAGAAGAAAGAGUACACAGAUGCUGUAGACACGCUCUGGGAGAUCCAGCGCACCAAACUCAUGCCUGAGCGCUCAGCUCUGGGUCCUGACGGCCGUAAGAAACACGAUAAGCAAAAGAAAAUGGACGAAGUAGAGGACGCCAAGUUGCUAGUGGAGCUCAACGCCGUACACAAAAAGUAUCGCAAGUACGCCAAGGUCGUGAACGAUUAUUUGGCUGAUAAAGACCUCAUCGAGUGGCAACUGACCGAGAUGUCGGACCGCCUACCGCCUCUCAACAUGCACCACAUGAACAAAUUCAUCCUCGACGACUGGCAACGCACUGUGUUGACUCAUAUCGACCAGAACCAUUCCGUUAUUGUGUGUGCUCCCACCAGUUCAGGCAAAACGGUGCUCUCGUCCUACGUGUCUGUGGUGGGAGGUAAAGUGCUCUUUAUCGUCCCCACUGAUCCAUUGGCGUGGCAAGUGGCAGCUCUAUUCCAGGCCAUGGUCAAGGGAUCAGUCGCUCUCAUCACCGAGGGCACAGUCUUCCUCCCUCCUGGAUUUCGGAUCGCUGUGGGCACUCCACGUGCUGUCGAGUCGACACUUGUGGACGUUGGCUAUGACUUCCAGUACGCAGUAUACGAUGAAGUCCACGACUUGAACGGACCUGAAGGAGACGCCUUGGAACGCAUCAUCAAGGCCGUGACGUGCCCCUUCUUGGCUCUAUCUGCCACAAUUGGCAACGCUGAGAAGCUCUUGAGCUGGUGGGAGUCGCACCUUGCGCGCGACGUCCAUCUACUCGAGUACAAGGGCCGUUUCAUUAAUCUCCAACGUAUUAUCUGGUACGAGGAAGAAGCCAAUGCGGAGAACCCCAACAAGAAGCAGGAGAUGGUGUACUUGCAUCCAUGUGCUGGCGUGACAUUGGACUACCUCACGACUAUCGGUUUCGAUGCUGGCGAUCUGGCGUUUACGCCUCGUGAUGCGUUUGCUCUGUGGCAAGCGAUGGAGAAAUUUUACUCUGCUGAGCUGAUUGAGGACGUUAAUCCACACAAAUUCUUCGAGCUGGAGGAUGAGACUGAAAAUGAGACUGCUGCCCACACCACCUCAAGCAAGAAGGAGAAGAAAUUGAAGAAAGACAAGAAAUCUAAAAAGGACAAGAAGUCCAAGAAGGACGAGGAUGAUGACGAAGAGUUUGUUGUGGAUCUUGGUAAACGCACUCACCGUAUCACGUUGAUGGAAUCCAAGAAGUACGAAGAUAAAAUCAAGAAGCGCUUGGAAGAUCUUGCCUCGAAGGAACCAAAGGCGACUCAGUCUCUGCUCGACUUUUUCGCACCACCAGCCAGUCUGCAGGACGUCACUGUGGAGCUUCAUGAUCCUCGCGACACGAACCCUAUCAGCUCGGUGGAUGUCUACGCGCUUGUGAACCAGCUUUGCGCUAAGAACCUCGUUCCUGCCAUUGCUUUCCAGCUCGACUCUGUCCGCUGUCGUCAGCUAUUCAACCAGCUUCUGGCAUCUAUUGAAGCGGCUGAGGUUGCCAAGUACCCCAACUUUCGUGAGAAGGUGCAGCUGGAAUACGCCGAGUGGGAGAAGAACCAGGCUACUAUGAAGAAGCGUGAAGCAAAGGUGAAGGCCAAGGGCAAGGAAGAAGACGACCGUGAGGCUCAGGCUUUUGAGGAGAAGCCGCCUCCGGAUAUCUACGCGCCUCACCCAGACUUCGUACUGACCCCUGCUGGAUCCCGUCUUACUGCGACAGAGUUUAAGGAGAUCAAGUGGCAACUGCGUCGUGAACUGUCAGAAGACUCGGACGACGGACACGCUCUGGUGCGCUCGUUGCGUCGUGGUAUUGCCAUCUACAACCAGAAUCUGCCGGCUGCGUAUCUGCGUAUUGUGCAGGCGCUUGCCCAGGCUGGCCGGCUGGCUGUGGUGUUCUCGGAUGACUCUCUAGCCUACGGUGUCAACAUGCCGUUCCGAACGUGCUGCUUCUGUGAAGACACAGCGGACGGCGUCUUGACCUCGCUGAUGGUCCAGCAGAUGGCUGGUCGCGCUGGUCGACGUGGGUUGGACAGACAGGGAAACAUUCUGUUCGCUGGUUUGUCGUGGUCGCGUAUCCAGUUUUUGAUGCGCGGUCUACUGCCGGACGUCACGGGGCGCAAGUCGCUGUAUCCGACGAUCGCUCUGCACAAGUUGCUGUCGAACAAUGUGACUGGCGACACCAUGCAGCGUAUUGUGGCGCACCCACUUCACCAAUACAUGAUUGGGGAGACUGCGCCGUCUUCGCCCAAGAAACUGGAGUCGUACUUGGCCAAAUCGGUCGAGUGGAUGACGCACUUUGGCUUGACAAAGCCUGAGUACAGUCUGGCGGUGGAUGUGUCCGUCGCUAAGUUGGUGUGGGAGUGUCGUGACGAUCCGUCCGAGGCUCUGGGCAUCUUUUGGAUCUUGGAGGCGCUGCUGAAGGAGUUCCACCACAAACCUGGUGACAAUAUUGCACUGCAGCUUGCUCUGUUUAACAUGCUGCUGCGUGUCGUUGGUCGUGAGAAGUUUCACCCUGAAUACGCUCAUGGAUCGGAGCUCGCUCCUCUUCCUGGACAGGAAGAGGCUUGGGAGAAGGUGUCGGCCUUGCUGCAGACAUACGAAGCUAAGCUCAACGAACUGGGAGAGAACGCGCCGGCGGAACUGCAUCUGCGGGUGGCCUUGACCGAUCCGCUUGAUGGCUACGUGUUCCGUACUGUGGUGGAGAAUUUGAUUCCUCAGGGUCUCGGUACGUCGCAGUUGAAUCAGAUCAAGAAACGUCUGCGGCACGUAGGAGAUCGCCUUCGUUUGAUGCAUAACCUGCUCAUGUACAGCGGACGAUACGGUGAACUGGAGGAGAUUGUGCGUAAAUGUUUCCGCCGUAUCAAGUGGAUUCUCAUCGAUUCGGAGGUGUAA